AUGCUGAGAUGUGUUCCAAAUUAUUUUAGAGUUUAUAGAAAAUCACUAAAUCAUCAAUUAUUAAUUUCUAAAUACACAACAAAAAUUAGAUUAAUUAGUUCAAAUGCAACUGUUAUUUCUUCUGAAAAUAAUAAUAAUAACCAAGUUCAAAUUGAAAAAGAAAAUGAUAUAGUACAUAAAGGUGAUCACUACGUGCAAAUUCCAAAUCGUGCAUUAAUUGAAAUUCAUGGAGAAAAUGCUGUAAAAUUUCUACAGGGACUUAUCACAAAUAAUAUGCCAUUGAUACAAAACGGAGGUGAUGGUUUUUAUGCAGCAUUUUUGAACACAACUGGACGUGUUCUAUAUGACACAUUUAUCUAUCCCAAAAACAUUGGAUCAACUUUUCCACAUCCAACUUUUUUAAUUGAAUGUGAUUCUCGUGGAUCGUCACAUCUAAUAAAUCAUCUUAAAAAAUAUCUUCUAAGAUCAAAGAUUGUAAUUACUGAUGUUUCAAGUCAUUACAAUGCUUGGAGUAUAUGGGGUAAAAAUAUAAAUAAUUUAUGGUGGCAACAUCAAAUUCCUAAACCUUUUACAACAAAAUUGCCAACAGGUACUUUGGUCUUGAAAGAAAGAAUAAAUGAAAUUGGAUGUAAAGAUAAAAGGUAUCCAGAUAUGGGAUUAAGAUUGGUGUUACCAGCCGAUACAAAACCAAUAUUACCAUCCUCUUUUACUGAAUUACCAUCAAUAGAAUAUACUAUUAGAAGAAUUUUGCAUGGUAUUCCAGAAGGAAUUGAUGAUUUUGAAACAGGAACAUCAUUGCCACUACAAUCUAAUUUUGAUUAUAUGGGAGGAAUUGAUUUUCAUAAAGGCUGUUAUAUUGGUCAAGAACUUACAUUUCGUACAUAUCAUACUGGAGUAACAAGAAAAAGAAUUAUUCCAAUACAACUAUAUCGUGAAGGAGAAAGCAAACCAACAACCUUAGUGGUUGAUCGCAAAUACAAUACAUCAUCAUCGGAUCUUCCUCCACCCCAUAAAGAAAUUGUUAAUAUCACUGAUAACAAAAAAGGACGUUCAAUAGGCAAUAUUGGUUCAUCUUGUUAUAAUGUAGCAUUGGCGCUUUUAAGAUUGGAUAAGCUCAAGAUGAAGUUGUAG